AUGGAGCAGACUAUGGCUCUUAACAACGGGCUUCCUCGUACCUUGAUCUUCUCACAGUACAUCGGGUUGGAGCUUGUCAAUGGAAUUAAAAACACUGAUUGCAUCCUGGAUAACUUGCUACAUUCUAGUUAUUUCACAUCUGAAGAUGCAGAGUUCAUACAGCAGAGUGUUACUCGGCAUGAAAAGGUGCGUAAAACGCUGGAUAUCAUAAUGGCUAAAGGAGAAGAAUGUGCACAGUACUUUGUAUUUAUUCUGCAUUCUGCCAAAGAAAUUUACUCUGAUGUUCAACCUUGGCUGCAAGAAAUUCAUUACAGCCCACCAGCUCAUUUUCUGAGAAAACCAGUGCUGAUUACAGAUUCAGUCUGUCAGUAUAUUGAGAAGCUCCGAGGUGCAUUGCAACAAGAUACUAGGUUCAUUUCAUUGUACACCCAAAAGGAGGAUAUUCUGUUUGAUGACAUUUACACUGAGACUCUUAUGGAGUUAAUCAAUGCAGUCAAUGAAACCAUAGGAACCAUCUCCCACUUGGAGGAUUUGUUCAGUGACGGUGGAAUCAUUAACAAAGAUGUAGAAACUGUGUUUGUAACUGGUGAUGCUGGAGUGGGAAAGACUAUACUCCUACAGAGACUUCAGAACUUGUGGUCAAAGGGUGAGCUCUGUGCUGACAUUAAGUUCUUCUUCAAGUUUAGAUGCAGACUGUUCAACAGCUUUAAGGAGGAAGACAAGAUCUCUCUGCGAGAUCUUCUGUUCAAGUACAACUGUUACCCUGAUAAGGACACUGAUGAGAUAUUCAGUUACAUCCGACAACAUCCAACCACUGUUCUCUUCACGCUGGAUGGGUUUGAUGAAAUUAAUGUGGACAGUGACCUUAAUGAUAUCCCCGAUGUCUCAUCACCCUUUGAGCCCACGCACCCAAUAGCCCUGCUGUUGAACCUUCUCCGAGGAAAGUUAUUAAAAGGUUCCAAAAAAUUGUUGACAGCGAGGACAGGCACAAACUUACCAUUGAGGAUGGUGAGAAAGAGAGUGACGCUGAAGGGCUUUUCCAAGGAACAUUUGCUGGGUUAUUUGAAGAGGUUUUUCAAAGACAAGGCUGAUCAAACUUUGGUUCUGACCCAGCUGGAGGCAAACCCUCACCUGUGCAGUCUAUGUACAGUACCAUUGUUUUGUUGGAUUAUAUUUAAAUGCUAUGAACACUUUCAGUUCACAAAUAGUUCCCAGCGAUUGUCACAUACAAUUACACUGACUGAUAUCUACCUGGUUAUGGUUGAGGUUUUUCUUAACCAUAAUUCCCAGGACAAUCUACACAGGAGUAGUGACAGAAGCCAGCUAAAUGUGUUCAGAAAGAGGAAAGAAGCUCUAAUGCGGAUCGGUAAAUUAGCCUUAAAAGGCGCCGAGAACAAUGAUUUUGAGCUCAGCCAGGAGAAAGUUGAAGCAGCAAAGAUUUGUGAAGAGGAUUUACAGUUAGGUUUCAUCAAAACUGCAAGUCAAUAUAAUGGAUGUGGGAACCAAUCAACAUAUGAAUAUAUUCACUUAACCAUUCAGUCAUUUUUUGCUGCAUUUUCAUUACUUCUAGAUGAUGAAAUCAGUCCACAGGAGUUUCUGGCAUUGUUUAACUAUGGCAGUGCAUCAACAUCCUCAACUAGCACUAUCAAAAAAUUGGUUUUAGUCUUCCUGAGCCCUAAGAAGCGUUCAUCCAAAAAUGUCCUCAAGCUGUUCAGUGAAUCUCUGCAGUUUAUCAUGCUGUUCCUUUGUGGCUUGUUGUCUGACAAUAAUAUUGAUCUCAUGCAAAGCCUUGCAUCUCCUGUAGCUGUUAAGAAAAAAAAGGCAGUACUAACAUCCUACCUGUUCAGCAGCAUGAAAAUGCAUUUGCAAAGUCUUCCUCGGCUGGACCUUGAAGAUGGCUGCAGGGUACACGUACUACCACGUUUCAUAUGGUUGAUACGCUAUAUAUUUGAAAUGCAGAAUGAAGCAGCAUCCAGAAUGGCAGCCAAAUAUAUCAGUGCUGACUAUAUAAAGCUGAACUAUUGCAAUGUUUCUUCCGUGGAUUGUAGUGCUCUUGCAUUCAUCUUGCAGCAUAUUCAGAAACCCCUGGCAUUAGAGAUGGACAACAAUAACAUCAAUGAUUAUGGUGUGAACCAACUGACCUCCUGUUUUAGUCAGCUGAAGGUCCUCAGGUUGAGUGUGAAUCAAAUCACAGAUCAUGGUGUACAUAUCUUGGUGGAAGAACUCAAGAAGUAUCAGCAGAUCAGAGUACUUGGACUUUACAAAAAUUGCAUAAGUGAUGUUGGUGCGAGGGAUGUUGCCGAUCUGAUUGAAGUUUGUCCCAGUCUCAUUCAUUUGAAAAUGGGAAAAAAUAUGAUUACCCAUAUAGGAGGAACUUACCUGGCUAAAGCAAUACAAAAAAGCAGAACUAUAGAAGACGUGGGGUUCUGGGGAAACCAGUUAGGAGACAGAGGAGCUGAAGCCUUUGCAGAAGCACUAAGAGAUCACCACAGUUUGAAAAAUCUAAGUCUUGUAGCAAACCUGAUUUCAUCAAAGGGCAGCCAACACUUGGCCAAGGCACUCGGUGAGAAUAAGUCACUGAAGAUAUUCUGGUUGACACAAAAUGAGUUGGACGAUGAAGCAGCUGAAAGCUUUGGUGAAAUGCUGAAAGUAAAUGUCUCUUUGGAAAAGUUAUGGUUGAAUGAAAACAAGAUAACAUCCAGAGGAGCUGAACAUCUCUUCCAGUCGCUCAAAGGAAAUACAACAAUAGAUGAGAUUUGUCUAAAGGAUAAUCAAAUUCUGCCAGACGAUGUCCAGCACCUUGUGAAAGACAAACGCAUUGUCAUCUAGAUAGUGCUUGGAAAUUGUUCUCGCCUCUGACUCAGAUGCUCAUUGAUCCAAGCCCACCUCCAGAAACUUCAGCAUAUAAUUGAGAUGAAGGAGUGCUGCUUUGCAGGACGUAAUCUCUUUUAGUUGCCAGAUUAACCAAGGCUCCUUCUGCCUUCACGGAUAUUAUUUCAAGGAUGAGCUGGAAAAACAACAACAUUAUGCUGU